AUGAGGAAAGGCACUUACGGUAUCGUUCGGAAAGCUUUUGAUACCCGUCAGAAGCAUCAUGUGGCGAUUAAAUGUGUCUGUCUUGGCGAAGAGGGCAUUCCCAGCACUGCUCUACGUGAAAUAAGCUUACUGCGAUCUUUAAAACAUCCGAAUAUCAUUCGUUUAUAUGAUAUUCAGGUACAUCAACCAACUGGAGAACUAUUUCUCUUUUACGAAUGUAUGGAAAUGGAUCUGUAUGAAUAUAUGAAAUUAUAUCAGAGAUCUCUGCCGGAAGAUUUAUCGAAAAGUUAUCUAAAGCAAAUGCUGUUAGGUAUUGAUUAUAUACAUUCAAAUUCGAUGUUACACCGAGAUUUAAAGCCUCAAAAUAUUCUGAUUGAUUGGAUUGGAUCGUUGAAACUAGCUGAUUUUGGACUUGGAAGACAUUUUCAAAUGCCUAUGAGGAUGUACACACAUGAAGUUGUAACACUUUGGUAUCGUUCACCUGAAAUUUUACUCGGUGCAAAAACGUACACUACUAGUGUAGAUCUAUGGAGUAUAGGCACAAUAUUUGCGGAAAUUACACACAAUCGAGCUUUAUUUGCUGGUGAAUGCGAAAUCGAUCAACUCUUUCGAAUCUUUCGAACACUUGGUACGCCUGACGAUACCAUUUGGCCAGGAUUUUCCUCAAUGCCCGAUCAUAAAAAAACAUUUCCUCAAUGGAAAACGCAAGACAUGUCUCAACUAUUAUCAAAUUUUACUUCGGAUGCUCUUCAAUUGACACUUCAAAUGCUUGUUUAUGAUCCAGAUCGACGCCUCACAGCGAAAGCAGCACUCGAAACUGCUUACAUUCAAUCAAUUCCAUCACAACUAGUCAUUCCACCAGCAAUCAAAACUCCUAAAUCAUCUACAAAUCAAUCCAAUAGUUAA